AAUGUGAGUCCAAUCCUUGCAAAAACGGUGGUACAUGUGAAGAUCUCAUAGCAAGUUAUUCUUGCAAGUGCCCCUCAGACUACGCAGGACCACAAUGUGAGGCCUUAAGAUUGGUAACAUGUGCAAAUGAACCAUGUCGAAACAGGAGCACAUGCAUUAAUACCAGAAAUAUGGUUACUGGAAAUAAUUUCACGUGUGAGUGUGCAAGAGGCUUCCAAGGUCCUUUGUGUGAUACACCUUAUUGUGCAUUGGAACCGUGUAAGAAUGGAGGGUAUUGCAGAGUUAUGCACGAUCAAGAUCCUAUGUGCGAAUGUCCAGCUGGUUUCAACGGCGAUUAUUGCGAAAAUAACAUUGAUGAAUGUCUCGAACAACCUUGUAUACAUGGCGUAUGCAUUGACAGGGUUGCAGCUUUUGAAUGCGACUGCUCUAAUACAGGUUAUUCUGGUCCCUUAUGUGAACGAGACAUUGAUGAAUGUGCUUUGACAAAAGUUUCUUGUGGUAAAGAUGGUUUCUGUCAUAACACUCCUGGAUCAUACAGGUGUGUUUGUACGGCUCCAUACUGUGGUUCUGGAUGUCGCCUUUUAGAUCCAUGCACAACUGGUGAGAACCCGUGCAGGAAUGGGGGCACCUGCACGCAAACCUGCACGGAUCGACCGUCUUACGAGUG